UCUUCUGCUGUUGCUGCUGGGUCCGCUUCCUCCACGUCGUUAUCCGGAAGAGCAGCGCGGGGAAGGAAGCGAGCCAGCCAGCGAGGGACCAAGAUCCCCGUAGCCCCGUCGUCUUCUCUCCUCUCCUCCAACCUCGCGCUGGGAUACGCGUGUAGAUUCAGUCAGCGCCCAUGAUCCAGCGGCGGUAACCGGCGCGUCCCAAGAACCGACUUCAUCCAGCAGGCCCCUGCUUGCUGCCGUCCCGCCGGUCCAGGUUUCCAGGUCGUUAGCAUGUGAGAGUGAUGGCGGCUGCUGAAGCAAGAGCUGCCUGGCAACGCGCCGCGAACCGCUGCUUGGUUCAGGAGGAUGCAAAGAGAGCCCCGAAGCUGGCCUGCUGUCCACAGUCCGUGCAACAGCAUGACAUGAGCGGUGCAAAUCCUACGAACCCGCAAGAUCCCCAUAUCCCUAACUUUAUGCCGAUAAACUGGAACCUGAUGAGUUCCAACCUGCCGACAGACACCCAGUGGUGGCUCCAGUUGCAGCCCAACUUUGGAUGCCAGAUGGCUCUUGCUAGAGAGCACCUGAGCUAUAUUGGUGGGGAGGCUGGAGAGAAGAAAAUGGAGGGUUUAGUGCCAGUGUCUAAACCUGACGAUGUCAGAGCUAAGAAGGAUGCCGAUCCUUGUGAACCUCCGUGGAUCGUUUCAACAGCUUUUAUGAAGCAAUCAUCUGAAACAGGUUUGGAAGAGUUGAAGAACCUCGCUGGCUAUACUCCGACGAGUCUCAAGUGCAAAGGAAAUGCCAACAACUGCGUUUAUGAGGAUAAAGAGUUUACAGAGUUCAAAGCUUUCGAUCCUUUGUUUCCCAAGCAGCAGCAAAAGGUAUACUGUGAGAUGGGUGCACCUUGGGAAGAAAACAAGAAGUCUCAGCCAUGGUGGCAAGUUGCUGAUGUUGAUGGUUUGGCGUCCCUUGUCGCUGAAAGAGCAAUGGAAAGCAUUGUGAACAAUGAUCUUCCAAGACCUACUCAGACAGUACGGGUUCAUGGAGCUGAAUUGAACAGCCCUGGAAACAAGGUUGAUUAUGAGUUGCCAUUGCCACCUUCUGGUAAAGAGCCAGAUCCUGUGCAUGACACUAUGACAUGCAGCUACAGUGUUUCAAGCAACACCAACGAGACAAAUUCAUCUGAUGGGGGAGGUUGGGAACAGCAGCGAAGAAAUAAUGUGCCUGGGGGUGCACAAGAUUCAUAUAGUUCCACUAACAGUACUCCAGGCAGCAAGCCGACAUACCAGAAUGCCUCUGAGAGGGCCAAGCUGCUAGAUGCUCUCCGUCAUUCACAAACACGUGCUAGGGAAGCUGAGAUUGCUGCCAAGAAAGCCUAUGACGAGAAAGAACAUGUAAUUAAGCUGUUGUUUCGCCAAGCCUCACACCUCUUUGCGUGCAAGCAGUGGCUGAAAAUGUUACAGCUGGAGAACAUUUGCCUCCAGCUCAGGUUCAAAGAGCACCAGAUAGCAACCAUGUUCCCAGAACUUCCCUGGAUGACGAUGAAGGAGAAGGUGGCACCAGGUCAAGAGCACAAAGAUGGGACAAGGAAAAGAGGCAGGAGGCCAAACAGGAAAGGCGGUCUCCACAACGCAUUUGCGGUUGCAGUUGGUGUUGGGAUUGUUGGCGCUGGAUUGCUUCUUGGCUGGACUCUCGGGUGGCUGCUGCCCAUGCUGUAAUCUCCUCAAUCUUUGAUGACCACAAAGGUGAUGAGAUAAAUACUUUCUAUGCACAUGAAAAAUGAAUCAGUGAAGGAAGCAAGAGGGUGAAGUUAUUCUUAGAACACAUUCAUGCUAGUCUGUUGAUUCAGUUAAGCUGCAGUGAUGAAUUCAUGGUAGCUUGGUACCUUAUGCUGGUUCCUGUAUAUAUAGGGAGGAUUUGGUGUACAUAUUACCAGAAAACUGGGUGCCCGUGUUGGUAGCAUGGAUGGGAUGUUUAUCUGUGUGCUGUACAUAGGGGGUCAGUGGGUGGUCUGGUGGAAGAUGAAAUCAGUCGACUUCAACAAUGUAUGCAUUAGUACUGUAAAUCUGUAGCUUUUAUUUGCUUAACUAGCAUGAAUUAUUGUAUUAAUAAGCUUGCUGUAAAGUGUGUUGAACAUAUUUGCAUCCGUCUUCUUUUCACCUGGUGAUGGAUUGCUGUCGCUAUUCAUCAUUCUGUGCUUUCGGUCGCUA